AUGAGCGACCCUCGCCCCGACGUGCGGCAAACCCCGCGGGGCGGACUCCGGCCGGCCCCGAAGCGGGGGGCGACGCUGGGUCCGCAGGAGCCCCCGCGGGCGCGGGUGGGAGGCGGGGGCGCGGCUCCCCGUGGGCUGCGGAGCGCGGUCCGCCCCCGCGGCGCGGAGUGGGCGCGGCGCUGGUGCCGCUCGCCUCCGCCUCCGCCGCCGCGGCCGCGCUGGGAGCAGCGCUGCGCGGGUGGGCGAGCGGGGGCAGGAGCGGACGCGCCAGGGCUCCUCGCCGUCCGAGGGAUUCGGCCGGCGGCUCCGGGGCGCGGGGUGCUUGGCCGCUGUCUGCCUACGGCGGCGAAUCGCACCCCUCCCCCUCCAGCCCUACAGCCGGGGACACCGCCAGCACUAAACCGAGACCGCUUUGAAACGCUCCCGCAAAAGGGAACUCCGUCCCCUCCCAGCCGGGCAUGGCACUGCCCCCACCCGCCGCCACUGAACCCUGCAAGGCCGAGAAGACUUUCUGACCGAGCCUGGCAACUCCGCGCUGCCGGGAAAGCCGGGGGGCUGCCUGCAGCGCUCUCAGACUCCCCGCUCGCUGCCGCACACAGGCGCGCUCCCUCGCCCUCGCCCUCUCCCCCCCCGGCUCCGCACGCCGUCUCUCCCUCUCUCUCGCACACACGCACACACACACGCGCGCACGCUUCCUCUCGCUCUCCCUUUACCCGGAGGUGCACUGAUAGCCAUUUAAUGGGGGGGGGGAAGUUAAGCGAUUAA